UUCUUUUGUUAUAUAUAUUUCACAGGAAGGUUCUCGAGCAGGCAAGGCCAUGUCAAGGCUUAGAUGUGUUCUAAGAGGACUCGAUUUUAAAACUUUUCUGUUUCUCUUCACUCUCCUCCCAGUCUUCAUCUUCGGCAUCUAUCUACACGGCCAGAAGAUUACAUAUUUCUUGAGACCUCUAUGGGAAUCACCUCCUAAACCUUUUAACAUCCUUCCCCAUUACUAUCACGCCAACACUUCCAUGGAAAUGCUCUGCAAUCUUCAUGGCUGGAAACUCCGUGAAUCUCCAAGAAGAGUCUUUGAUGCUGUCUUGUUCAGUAACGAGAUCGAUAUGCUCACUCUCCGUUGGAAUGAGUUAAAUCCUUACAUUACUCAGUUUGUGCUUCUCGAAUCUAACUCAACUUUCACUGGACUGUCGAAACCGUUGGCUUUCGCAGACAACCGGGAGAAGAAAUUCAAAUUCGUCGAGUCAAGGCUGACUUAUGGGCACGUUGGAGGAAGGUUCAAGAAAGGCGAAAACCCCUUUGUGGAAGAAUCAUUCCAAAGGCUUGCACUUGACCAAUUGAUCAAGCUCGCAGGUAUAAAAGAAGAUGAUCUUUUGAUAAUGUCGGAUGUCGAUGAGAUCCCCAGCGGUCAUACCAUCAAUCUGCUUAGAUGGUGUGACGGAUUCCCACCGAUCCUUCAUCUUCAGUUGAGAAACUACCUCUAUUCAUAUGAGUACUAUGUCGAUAGCAAAAGCUGGAGAGCUUCGGUUCAUCUCUACAAGCCUGGGAAAACUCGGUACGCUCAUUUCCGGCAAAGCGACAAUCUUUUGACAGAUUCAGGUUGGCAUUGCAGUUUCUGUUUCAGACACAUCAAUGAUUUCGUGUUCAAGAUGAAAGCUUAUAGCCAUACUGACCGGGUUAGAUUCUUACAUUAUCUGAACCCGAGACGAAUCCAAGAUGUUAUCUGCAAAGGAACUGAUCUUUUCGAUAUGCUUCCUGAAGAACACACAUUCAGGGAGAUUAUCGGGAAACUUGGUCCGAUUCCACGGUCUUAUUCAGCUGUUCAUCUCCCUGGAUACUUGAUUCAGAAUGCUGAUAGCUACAAGUACUUGUUACCUGGGAACUGCAAACGAGACACUGGCUGAUAAAUAAAGGACAUCUACUUAU